AAAGGAUCUGAGGAGCGGAUCCUCUGAAUUUUCCGGUGGGAAACGGUGCGUUCCUUGGCCGUUUCCAACCGGUUCCUGCGGGUUGUUCGUUUUUUCCCGUGGAUUUCCGUCAGCCGGAGAUUCUCGGAACGCUGCGUUUCCGGGUACGAGAAAUUUCCGGCCGGAAUACUGCUUCCAUGUUCCGGGUGUUUUUCCGGUCAUUUCCGGUGGGAAAGAUGCCGGAAACGGCGGGAAAAGGCCGGAAAAUACACCGUUUCCGGCCGGUUCCUGAAGGUUCCGGAGGCCGGAAUCAUUGACCUGGGUUUUUCAAAAUAUUAUUGAUCGACCAUCUUCAAGUAAGACAUUUGUCUAUUGACUUUUUGUGAUUAGAUGAUCUAUUUGAGUUUUCACUAUUAUGUUCUAUCUAGUAGAGAUCGAGAGACAAGAGAUAAUGGAGGUGUAGUUCGUUCCACUUAUAUCGACAAAAAUACGAUAUGACUCAUUUCUCCAUAUCCAGUGUAACAAAAACUACAAAUAUGAACAAAUUUAAUCUUAUUGAAAUACAUGACAUCACUUAUAUUCAGAAGUCAUAGAUAAAUUACUAUAUCGCUUACAAGGUAAUUAAAUCUUUUUUCUAAAUGUCUGUCUUUUUCUCUAUACUAGCUCUAAAAAAUAAUAUUUAUUUAAAAAAAAAAUUGUUCUGUACGAUGAGAGAUUUUUUGUUUUCAGUAAAUUUUCUUCAGGAAUGAUAUAGAAAACAAAUUGAACUUUACUUUUAUCCUCGUCUUUUACUUUUUUCAUAUGAUUUCUUACCAUCUUUUUCUUUAACAAUCAGACACAUUUAUAAUGAAGUCAUACAUUUAUUCUAUUUCUCUUUGUAAAUGUAGAAUAUUUUUGUCAAGAAAACUCUUUAUAAAACUUUAUGCCUUUAUAAUUAUUAAUUGAAGGUUUUCGUUUUUGAAUAGAUAUUUCUGGUCAGGUAUUGGAAUAUACAUAGAAAACAAUAAGCAUGACGAUCUUAGAGUAACAGUAUACAUAUACAAGGGUACAUUGACAAUCCUAUUUAGAUAAGAAUAUUUGAUAUACAUCAAUAGGAUAAGUGUAUACCGUGUAGGUUUAAUAUGGUAGAUAUAAAGUUAUCUUACUAAGGAUAUUAGUGUAAGACACUAAAGUUAAGGACAUGAGUAUGAGAGUUAUAACGGAAGAAUAUGAGUAUAUAUAUGCCUAAAUCCUUGUGCAUAUAUCUCUAGUCUUGCAUAUCUAUAUAGGGAAACAUAGGAUAAAUAGAGAGAAGUAGACCUUCAAAUGAUUUACAUCCAUACCCUCAACAUAAGAUUAGUGGUCAAAAACUAAAAUUAAUCUUCUCAAUUGGUUUGUAAGUUUAAGUGUGGAUUACGAAAAACUUCAAGUUUGAGAGCGAUGAAUUAUCAGUUUUUGAUUUCAAUGGUUUUUCUAUAAAAAUUCAAACUUAUAAGGAUAUUAAAAAUUAGGUUAAUAAAUCUUAAAACAUUUAGAGUAACAACAAUCAAACCGUAUGAAAAUUUGAUAGUUAAUAAGAAAGAUUUAUUAUUAGGAAAAAUGCAUCAAAUAUCAAUCUGACACGACAAAAUUGUAAUAAAGAAAAGAUUGUUAACUCAUCGAUAGCAGAAGAUUUAAACAAUUGACAGAUGCACUUUCUCAAACAUUAGUCUUCAUGAUGAAAUUGAUUUCUUUAAUGAUAUUAUUGACUAUCACAGAAAAAAAUAAAGUUUUAAAAGCUAUUGUUUGAUAAACGAGAUAGAUAACACAAAGCGAAGUAUUUUCAAAUUACGUUUGCUGAAACCAACUUGUUUGUAGUGUAAAUUCAUAGUUAUAGAUAAAUGAAAAAACAAAUGACUUAGAAUAAUUUUCAAGACUUGAACUUCUGUCCAAAUCUAAGAUUGUAAUUGAACAACUGUCUAUGUUAUUCGUUUGUAAUUUAAAUUAAAUAGCUAAUAAAUAUUAUUAAAAUACUGUCUCUGAUUUGUUAAUUUUUAUUUUCAGUUGAAUAUUUAUUAUAUGAAAAAGAAUUACAAUGUAUAGAAUCAUUAUCUUUAAUACAAGCAAAACAACUUAUUGAUAUAAUUCAUUAUCUAUAUGAUAGUCGUAUUAUUCAUCGUGAUGUAACUCCACAAAAUUUAAUGUUAGAUCGUGAUACUAAUCAUAUAAAAUUAAUUGAUUUUGGUUUUGCCAUUGCAUGUAAUACGAAAAACAAAGAACUCAGCAUACAAAUAAGAGGUCCACUUACAUAUACUAGUCAAUCAUUUUUAGAUGUUUAUUUAAAAAUUUUAACUCGAAAUAUAUACGUCAAUCAUUAUUAUUGUUAUGAACCAACUUUUGAUUUAAUAUCUGCAUUAAAUAUUAUAAUGACGAUGAAUAAUGCUGAUAUAAAACAAAGUAUUGAUUCAAUUGAUAUAUUAGAAGAUGAAGAGGAAAGUGUAUCACAAUCAUUACAAUUAUGGAAAGAUACUCAACGUACAAAUAAACAUUAUUCAAAUUUAUUAAAUUUAAUAAACAAAUUGGAUUCAGGAGAUUCAUUUUAUGAAUCAGGUGAUUUAUCAGAUUCUGAUGUUUCAAAAGAUGAAUCAAUUGAAUCAGAUGAACCUUCAAUUUCUACUGUUUCAAAAGAUUCAUCAGCAAUUUUUGAUGUUAUAAAGGAUGAAAUAGAAAAACUUUUCGCUAUAUGA